UCUGGUCUCAAACAUGUCGAGGAAGGGAAGCCCCACUUGUGUUAGUUAACCCGGGGGAAAGGGGCCAUGGCUGUAGUAUCUGCCGCCUCUGGCCAUCCCUCGCAGCGCCUUCCUGCCUUCCUUCCUUCCUCAUCGGGGAACAGGUUCGUCAGAGGAGUGAGUAACUACGCCAGUGUUGGCUGCGCUUGAAUGAGGCGAAACCGCGCCUCCUUCAGGAGGGAGAGGCCGCCCAAAGCGCUGCUGCCGGGAAGCAAACGCCGCCUCGCCUCGCCUCUCCAAGGGACUCUCUCCUCUUCCUCCUCUUUCCAGAUAUGCCUCUCAAGGAUUAUUGAUGUCAUCAAGGAGGACUCUAUUCCAUGCGAAAUUUUCUUUUACUGAAAACUUGGAACAAAUAUCUGAGGCACUUGAAUAAUUGAAAUCUGAAGCUGGUUCUUAAGUAAAUGGCUGAACUUCCAGCUGGGAUUCGUUUGAUCACUUCAUUUACAAGAGAUCAAUGGUACAGGUCUUUCACAUUUGUCCUGACUUUUUUGCUCUAUGUAAGUUUCCAUUUAUCAAGAAAACCAAUCAGUAUAGUUAAGGGAGAACUGCAUAAGCACUGUUCAACUUCACAAGUUAUUCGCAGUGAAUAUGCCAUCCAUAUACAGCCUGUUAAAAUGUUACCUAGUGAGUCUCCCUGUGGUUGGGAACCAUUUGAUAAGAACAACUACAAACAGUUGUUGGGAGCCCUGGAUUAUUCGUUCCUCUGUGCUUAUGCUGUUGGAAUGUACCUGAGUGGUAUUAUAGGGGAGCGGUUGCCUAUCCGAUAUUAUCUCACAGGAGGAAUGUUUGCCAGUGGACUCUUCACUGCCAUGUUUGGAUUUGGAUAUUUUUACAAUAUACAUAAUUUGUGGUUCUAUAUUGCUGCUCAGAUUGCUAAUGGAUUAGUACAAACUACUGGCUGGCCCAGUGUGGUAACCUGCGUUGGCAACUGGUUUGGGAAAGGAAGGAGAGGAUUGAUAAUGGGAUUAUGGAAUUCCCAUACUUCCGUAGGAAACAUUUUAGGAUCUUUAAUAGCUGGCUACUGGGUGUCUACCUGCUGGGGUCUGUCUUUUGUGGUGCCUGGCAUUAUCAUAUCUCUAAUGGGGAUAGUCUGCUUCUUGUUUCUGAUUGAACAUCCUAAGGAUAUAAACUGCACAAGUACAUCAUCAUCCAAUGAUCCAGAGAUGCACUGUCUGUUACCUGAAAAUGAAAACUGUGUAAAACUACUACAUCAUAACAAUGGAGUAUCUGAGGAACUUGAAAAAGGAAAGUUUGCUAUAAGCUUUGUUGGAGCUUUGCGAAUACCUGGAGUUGUGGAAUUCUCUCUUUGUCUGUUAUUUGCCAAAUUGGUCAGCUACACUUUUCUUUUCUGGCUUCCAUUAUACAUCACAAAUGUAGAACACCUUGAUGCCAAGAAAGCAGGUGAUCUUUCCACACUAUUUGAUGUUGGAGGAAUCUUUGGUGGAAUUUUGGCUGGUGUGAUAUCAGAUCGUCUGAAAAAAAGGGCCACAACUUGUGGCAUGAUGCUCUUGGUUGCAGCACCCACAUUGUAUGCAUUCUCUGCAAUUAGUAGAAUGGGCCCCGAAGCCACCAUAGUUAUGUUACUCAUCUGUGGAGCUCUUGUAAAUGGUCCUUAUGCAUUGAUCACAACAGCUGUGUCAGCUGACUUGGGUACACAUAAGAGUCUUAAAGGAAAUGCAAGAGCACUAUCCACAGUUACAGCCAUCAUUGAUGGAACAGGUUCUGUAGGUGCAGCUUUAGGACCUUUGUUAGCAGGUCUCCUCUCCCCCUCUGGUUGGAACAAUGUAUUUUAUAUGCUGAUGAUAGCAGAUGCCUGUGCCUUAUUAUUUUUACUCCGCCUUAUACGGAAGGAACUUGAUUGUAGUUUGGAUCAGACUCUGUUUAAAGAGCACUGAUUAUCUGGCAAGAAGUACACUACAUGAUACAUUUUAAAUAAUUCUUUAAAAAAAUGAUCCAGAUAGCCUAUUUAUUUUUCCCGCCCACUCAGGAAGGAAAUGGUUUUAUCAGCCAGGACAUUAAUGGUGGUGGGAAGAGGAAUCCAUGUUGCACAUGUUUCUCUGGAUCCAGGUUUUGAUGGAAGUAGUUGCUCUGUAUUUGAGUUACGUUUUUUUUUUAAAUUCUUUGCACAAUUGGUGAAGAAGGCUUAAGAAAGUCAUCUGUGUAUUUUCUCUCUCUUUUUCAUUUGCACAUGUCGCAAUAUCUCAGGAAGCUGUCAUUUAAAGAAAGGAAGUAGUCGCUCUUUUAAAGCACAACUGAGCCAAAGAAAAUGUGCCUUGAUAUUCAUUUGUCUUAAGUAAAUGUUAUACUACAUGGUUGGUUUCAGGGUAAUUUAAUAGACUGAAACAGAUCUGAGAGCAAGGGACUAAGUUAAUUUCAGUUGUUUGUUUUCAGUGUGCUAAAAAGGAUUAGCAAAAUUUUGAGCAAAGUGUCCUUUAUGUCAUGUUUUGACUGUGCUAGAAUUGCCGUUGUUGAAUGUGUGCUACUUUUUCAUUUGUCAGAAAACAGGAUCUCCCUAUUAAGCAGUGCUAACAAAUAACUUUUCACAUUCUGUAAGCUGCAAAGACAAUAUCUGGCAUGUAUUAAGUUGGAACCAAUGUAUCAAAGAUACAUAGUAGUCAUAGUAACUAACCCAUUUUCCUGAUUCAAGUUUAAUCUCAUGGACUGUAGUGAGUAAGCAACUGAAGAAAAGCAUCCUUAUCCAUUAUCUGUAACAUAGUACCAUUUGGAAGCUUACUAGAUUUGGUAUAUUGAUCAGAUGUGGCUGAUUGUAUAGAUGACAUAAAACAAGACCAGAUGACUUGCUAUUGAACCUUCUGUCAUGCAUUUUCGUGUAUGCGUCUGCUUAUAAUUGAGGGUCGUACUAAAUAAAUGCAGAAGUAAUGCAUCAACUUUAGUCAUAGCUAAAGCUGCAAGAUAACAUUCUUACUGUUUUGAAAAGUAAAAUUAGCCUUGAUCAUCUGAUAUAAUGAAUGCUGGAUCUUCCUAUUGCUUAUUUAAAACCAUUCCCAGUAACAAAGUGAAUAGAGACGUUCCUGCUUUUGUGGUGUUCUGUGCAUUCAUCAGAAUCCCUUAUAAUUCAACAUUGUGAUCCUUUUCUCUGGAGCUUUAGUCAUACCUGUGACUCAUUAUUUUGAUUCCCGGUCCUGAAUAUAACUAAUUAGAGUGCCCUUAUCGCAGGACACUCUUUGUUGAAGAAAUAAUAGCGGUAUUCAUUCAGUAGCUGAACUUGGAUUUACUACUGAGUAUUUUCACUGAUGGCAAAUGUGAUAUUCAUACCUGGACUUCCACAGCCUUAAUCUGCAUUGUAGUUACAUAUAAGCAGGAAAAAAAUUAACAUUUUACCAAAGGCAGGGAGAGAAAUUAUUCCAUGAAAGCACAAGUGUUAACCAUUUGUACACAUUGUUCUGGAUCCUUCUGUAAAAUGCCACCAGUGAAAAGCUGGCUUCUGGUCUGUAAAGAUUUAGUACAUAACUCUUUUUUAAAAAAGAAAAGUAAGGUAUAUAUUAUAAAAGUGGGGACUUUUGUAGUUUUCAGUCUGUGUUUUGCUAAUGUGUAUUUAUUAAAGUUAAGCAAUUUACCACUU